CUAAUAUUCCAGCGUGGUUUCUUUUUAGGUAGAUUAGUUUUUGCCAUGCCAAUGUUUUCUCGUUCUUUGAUACAUGUGAUCCAUCACCCAGACCAGCACACGCGAUAUACUUUUUGUUGGGUUUGACAGCACAAUGUCUUCAGGAUUACGAUUCCCGACCAACUUGUUUGGUCAUCCAACCGAUGAUCUAAUAAUUGAUUUAAACUCAGAACUUUCACAAUGGGGCACUGAACCUACAAAAUCAAUUCUGAAGAUUUCAUUUGGGCAUUUUCCAUUGUCCUUUUCUACUGCAGCGUCUUCUGGGAGCACUUUGAAGAAUGUAUUUAUGGACCAAUCUUUGUCCGUAUACUUGUGUGGGCAUCUGCACACAACAUUUGGGAAAAACUUAAAAUGGCUUCAUCACCUCCAUGAAAGGCAUAAAAACCCAACUGUGGAGAAAGCCAAUGAAGUUCAUGAUUUUUGGGAGUGGGAAAUGGGGGAUUGGAAAAAGAACAGAGCAAUGCGGAUCUUGGCUGUUGAUAGAGGAUGCAUUUCUUUCACAGAUUUAGACCUCAGAUUGGGUGUGAAGGGAAGAGCUAUUAUAUUGCCUACAUUCCCACUUGACUCUCGUUUUAUUACUGACAAGUUACUGCCAGUGGGUCCCACAUUCUCCAGCCAUAUCAGAGCUCUUGUGUUUUCAUCUUUGCAAAUAAUUUCGGUCGUGGCAAGGAUUUACGACUCGAAGCUCAGAAAUCUCAUUUUGGUAUCAGAGUCUCUAAUGGAGAAAAAUGGAAAUUGCUCCUCAUCAAGGGGGGAUCUUUAUACUUCUCUGUGGGAUUUCAAAGCCUUUGAAGACCCAUCACCUGACCGAUUCUUGUUGCAAAUUGAGGCUGUCGAUAUCAGAGGAAGAUCGUCUUUCAGUGAAUUACGGCCAUUCUCUGUUGGUGGUCAACGUGCUAUGCUCACACAUAAUUGGAAAGAAUUUAUUGUCAUGAGUUGUCAAUGGGAUGCUUUAUACUACCCAUUAUUGUGGUCCUUAUGUGGGAUCAUUCUCUCGAUUCCUCUUGUUCCAAAAAUCAUAUUAUCAUUUUCUAGACAGCACCAAUGGACCUAUAAUAAGAAUUUCUAUAAUAACAGAGGACUAACAUGUUAUGCAAGAUGGAUUAUGAUGGAAUUAUGCAGUGUUCAACAAGUAUGGUGUGGUGUGAUUGGUUAUUUGUUUUACCUCAUAUUAUGCCCUUGGCUUUGUGGUCAAAGUCUCGCUGAAGGAGAAAGGGGAUACAUGACCUACAGAGGUUGGGCAUUUAAGUCUUCCACAAAGGAAAAAACACACUCUGUAGGGUUUCCGGAUGUAAUGGUGGUUGUUAUCCCACAUCUUUGUUUUGUGGUUUUGCCUGUUCUUUCUGUAAUUGGAGCACUGGUUGCUGAAGCAGGUAUGCACCGAGAUAGUUUGCGGUUGCUUUCGGGUAAAAAAGAGGACGAAUCUGAUGCAAAGAAGGGGUCUGAUUCAUUGAUCCAUGGAAAAAACUGCAAUUCGAUAAUGGGGCUUCUCUGUGCGCGUUGGAUUAGGAAGCUUCUCCUGGUGCUUUGCAUCAUGAUAUGUUGCAUUCAUUUUCUGAGUUGCAGAGCUCUUUCGAAAGCGUACGAGAUGAACCCAUUCAUCCAUUUUCCGAUGUAUAGUGUGGCAGUCCCGCUGUUGCUGGUGAAUGCAAUCUACAGAACAAGCAAGGCCGGCCGGGGUGCGUAGCUUAGAUAACAAAGAAGAGAUGUAAGAGUGUUAAUGCCCGGAUUCAACUGCUGGCAGUGGACAUUUUUUUUAUACUUAUUCAUACCUCUUGCACAGACAUGUAAAUAACUUUGGCCACAAUUGUUAGUUGGAUUCAUACAUUAUCUUGUGACCUUAUUUUAACAUUUGCUUUAUCUCAACACCCAUACUUUCCUGCAUCUAUGUAAGUAAUACUCUGUCUGUCUAGAAAUGAAUUUCUCAUUUCGAU